AUGUUGAAGAAAGAGAGUCGAACGCAGGCUUAUCCAUGGAAUGUGAAGCCUCAUAGAAAGCACUCAUUUUCCAAUUGCUCCUCAAAUUUGAGCUUUGAUCUAAAGAGGGUCGCUCUGGAAGCAUCUACCUCCGUUGUUGGCAUCCUUUCUUAUUUAGAUGAUAGAAAGGCAAUUCGUGGCUCAGGAUUUGUGGUGGAAUCUGUUGUCAAAGAUGGUAAAUUCAUCAGUACAAUCUUUACAUCAGCUACCAUCCUAAGACCCGAGUGUGAUGUUGAUGAUGUGGUCGAGAAUAUCAAGAUAAGUGUCAUUCUAUUCAAUGAUAUCACAUUGGAGGCUACGGUUUUUGGCUGGAAUUUCCAUUACAAUAUUGGGGUGAUUAAGAUUGAAACGGAUGUCCCAAUCCCAACAUCAAGGCUCAGGCAUAUAAAUGAUUCUAUUAGCAUAGACCCUGACCUGUUGGAUGAAAAACCACCUAAAUUCCAUCCUCAGUCUAACAAAUUCAAUUUAGUUCCUGGGGAUGUGGUGGUUGCACUUGGUCGUAAUCAUGCUGAUGAGCAUGGACUUAUGGUGGUUGACGGUAAAUUUAGUGGCAAUGUGUCUGGACUGGCUUGUCAAGAGCUUUUCAGGGCAGAUAUGAAAAUUUCUUUGUAUGGUAUUGGGGGACCACUCGUCAAUUUGGAUGGAGAAGUGAUUGGGAUCAACUUUUACUCCGGUUCUUCUUGUACACCAUUUCUUCCCAUCAACAUAGUUUCAAUGUGGUGGGAGCGGUUUAAUAAAAUUGGGUCCUGUCUCGUACCUCAGAUUGGAGUUCUGUUGAGAAACAUUCAUGAAUUGGAGGCAGAUGAUUUGGAGCUUUUGAUCCGAACUUUUCCAAAUACUUUUGACGGCGUUUUUGUCAAAAUGAUAUUAUCAGACCUUGGGGACGAGUGCCCUUUAGAGAAGUUCCCUCAUUGUCAGUUAUUGCCUCUCGAUGUCAUCGUGGGAUGUGAUGGAAAAUCCAUUACGAGUGUAUUGGAGCUCUUUGAGUUGAUAUGGGACAAAGCUGGACAAUCCGUGCUUUUGGAUGUGCUGCGGCCAAGGGAUGGUUCCAAGUGGGAUAUAACAAUGGUUGUUGAUGCGGUUCACCCGAAUAAAUCUAACAGGUGGCCACUACCUAAGAUACGAGUACCUCCGAGGAGAGAGAGGUUAGGGAUUCAUAUUAUUGAUAUUGUGAAGCAGCAGCGACAAGGUCGUGGUCGAUCAAACCUUGGCCAAGAUGACAUUACAGUGAGUUAG